AUGGCACUUGUCGAACAGUACAGCGUCGCUCACUUCAAUUCUACACCCGGUUUACCUGCUGCGCUUCAGAAACAUCAAAAAGCAGGGGGAAAUGACUGGAUACAUGAUGCCUUUGGACCCUUAUUUCGGGAACAUGGUGUCGAAAGGAUUCUGGGCCUUGGGCUGAUGCAUCACCACCUUUUGCUGGUAGAGGCCUGGAAGUCUCAGACCGGCGCGAGGCCUAGCGUAUGGGCUCUCAAUGCCAGUGAGGCGCGCCUGAUUCCACUCGAGUUCGCCAUGGACGACGACGACAGCACUGUGGAAUACCCUAACUGGGCGUCCGAUGAGGUUGUCAGAUUUCUAAAUGCCCUAUCAUCUUUAGUCCUGAGGUGA